CGCGCUGGGAAAGGCCGCCUGGCGCCGCGGUGCGCAGGCGCCGCGGGGGCUGCUAAGUGAAGCGGCAAUGGACGCCUUGGAGUCGUUGUUGGACGAGGUGGCCCUGGAGGGGCUCGAUGGCCUAUGUCUGCCCGCGCUGUGGAGCCGCCUGGAAACGCGCGUGCCGCCUUUCCCUUUGCCGUUGGAGCCCUACACGCAGGAGUUUCUGUGGCGGGCCCUUGCCACGCACCCAGGAAUCAGCUUCUAUGAGGAGCCUCGGGAGCGACCAGACCUCCAGCUCCAGGAUCGGUACGAGGAGAUUGACUUGGAAACUGGCAUUUUGGAGUCCAGGAGGGACCCGGUCCCUCUGGAGGAUGUCUACCCCAUUCACAUGAUCUUAGAGAACAAGGAUGGCAUCCAGGGCUCGUGUCGGUACUUUAAGGAGAGGAAGAACAUCACCAGCGACAUCAGGACCAAGUCUCUGCAGCCGCGUUGUACGAUGGUGGAAGCCUUUGACAGGUGGGGGAAGAAGCUGAUCAUCGUUGCCUCCCAGGCCAUGCGUUACCGGGCCCUGAUAGGCCAGGAGGGGGAUCCUGACCUGAAGCUCCCCGACUUCUCCUACUGCAUCCUGGAGCGACUGGGCCGGUCCAGGUGGCAGGGGGAGCUGCAGCGAGACCUGCACAGCAGUGCCUUCAAGGUCGAUGCUGGGAAGCUUCACUAUCACAGGAAAAUCCUGAACAAAAACGGGCUCAUCACAAUGCAGUCCCACGUGAUCCGGCUGCCCACUGGAGCCCAGCAGCACUCGAUCCUCCUCCUCCUCAACCGCUUUCACGUGGACAGGAGGAGCAAAUACGACAUCCUCAUGGAGAAGCUGUCGGUGAUGCUGAGCGCACGGAGUAACCGCAUCGAGACACUGGGCAGGCUGAGGGAGGAACUGGGGCUGUGUGAAAGGACGUUUAAGCGCCUGUACCAAUACAUGCUGAAUGCCGGACUCGCCAAGGUCGUGUCUCUUCCCUUGCAAGAGAUUCACCCUGAAUGUGGGCCCUGUAAGACCAAGAAAGGGACUGACGUCAUGGUCCGCUGCCUUAAGCUGAUGAAAGAGUUCAAGCGGAAGAUGCACGACGACCAGGACGAUGACGAGGACGAGGAGGUCAUCUCCAAGGCGGUGCCGCCGGUGGACAUCGUGUACGAGCGGGACAUGCUCACGCAGACCUACGAGCUCAUCGAACGCAGAGGCACAAAAGGCAUCUCCCAGGCUGAGAUUCGCGUGGCCAUGAACGUGGGGAAGCUGGAAGCAAGAAUGCUGUGUCUGCUCCUCCAGAGGUUCAAGGUCGUCAAGGGCUUCAUGGAAGAUGAAGGCCGCCAGCGGACCACCAAGUACAUCUCCUGCGUGUUCGCCGAGGAGAGCGACCUGAGCCGCCAGUAUGCCCGGGAGAAGGCCCGCAGCGAGCUGCUGGCCACCGUGAGCCUGGCCUCCAUGCAGGAGGAGUCGCUCCCGCCCGAGGGCGAAGACGCCUUCCUCUCGGAGUCGGACAGCGAGGACGAGGGCGGCAGCAGCAAGCGGAAAGGCCGAGGGCCCCAGGGGGACGCCAGGGCCUCCGGCAGCCUCGGGCUGGGGGCCCAGCCUCAUCACUCCACCCCCACCAAGGGUGGGUGGAAAGUCGUGAACCUGAACCCUCUCAAGCGGCAGCCACCUGCCUUGGCGGGAGCUGCCGAGGGUGCCGCGUGUGGGAGCCGCGCUGGCACCGACAACCUCCUGGACACCAGCAGCUCCUCAGAGCCCAGCUUCGGCUCGCACCACAUGGAGAAUGACACUGGCGACAUCGCCUUGAUCGAGGAGGUCCGGCUGGAAAACCCCAAGGAGAGCAGCGGUUCCCAGAAGAGCGGGAAGCAUGGCCCCGGCCAGGACAAGCCGCAUGAAACCUACCGGCUGCUGAAACGCAGGAAUCUGAUCAUAGAGGCCGUCACCAACCUGCGUCUGAUCGAGAGCUUGUUCACGAUUCAGAAGAUGAUCAUGGAUCAGGAGAAGCGGGAAGGCGUGUCCACCAAGUGCUGUAAGAAGUCCAUCGUCCGCCUGGUGCGGAACCUCUCUGAGGAGGGGCUCCUGCGGCUCUACCGGACCACGGUUAUCCACGAUGGGAUCAAGAAGAAGGUUGAUCUGGUUGUGCACCCAUCCAUGGACCAGAACGACCCUCUGGUAAGAAGUGCCAUUGAGCAGGUUCGCUUCCGGAUCUCCAACUCAAGCACAGCCAAUAGGCAAGUGGCAGACAGGAAGGACCGCUCAGCAAGGCCACCAGGCUCGGCCAAAGUUCCCCCACCCCCGCCACCCCAAGAGGAAGUGGAAGAAGAAACUCCAGUGGCAGAGGCCCCCAGCGCAUCGGGAGCCUCCCAGCUGAACACCUCCAAUAAAGUAGAGAGCGCACGCGUGAAAAAGACAGAUGAAAAGAUGGGCAUCACCCAGCUGAAGAACUACAACCCCGUCAUCGUUCCAGGACUCGGCCGCUCUCUGGGGUUUCUGCCCAAGAUGCCUCGCCUGCGUGUGGUGCACAUGUUUCUGUGGUACCUGAUCUACGGGCACCCUGCCAACAAGACGGCGCACAAGCCCGGCGGCGAGAGGAGGUCCCGACGGCAGGAGUCAAGCAGGAUGAGGGCCCAGGCUGCCUCUGCAAGGCAUGCGGAGGCCUCCUCGGAGGGCAGGGAGACUGUCACCUGGGAGGCCGAAGUGGAGCUCGACACGGAGACCGUGUACGUGAAUGAAGUCUCAUGGAUGCGCUACGUCCCUCCUAUCCCGGUGCACAGGGACUUCGGCUUUGGCUGGGCUCUCGUCAGCGACAUUCUCCUCUGUCUGCCCCUCUCCAUCUUCAUCCAGAUCGUGCAAGUCAGCUACAAGGUACUGGCGACUCGGGCCGCUGCAGAGCCUGGGGCUGGCCCCUCGGCUACAGGCUGGGGACCUACACUCACCUGGCCGAGAGUUGCCUGGGCGGAUGGGCAAAUGGGUAAAUGGAUGGACAGGUGGUCCAUCGAGAGGAACUGCAUCAAGGAUGUGUUCUUAUAAGUAGACUCGAUCAGGUGAUUGGGUGGAUAAUCGGGGGAACUGCAUAAAAAAUCAUUAUUCUACAUCUCUUUGUCAGUAGGCAGGUAGGUAAAAAAAAAAAUAAUUUACAGUGCAGCAAUGAAGUGUGAUGUUUUUAGAAAUAUAGGAAAGGGAAGAAAUAGAAAUGACUGUAGCCUCACCGCUUAGAGAUGAUCACUGCUAAAGGUUUCAGUACCUUUUCUUCUGGUCCUUGUUUGCUGUGCCGUGUUUGUGUGCUUCGUGUGUCUGGCUGUGUGACCUCCCUUUUCUCUCAACUGAGCUGAGAUUUUAUUUGCUCUUUGUAACCUUUAUCUUCAUUGUAUUUGAAAGUUAGGGAGAGAGGGGGAAGAGAGAUCCUGUGUCCUCUGUUCACUUCCCCAAAUACCCACAACAGCCAGGGCAGGGUCAGGCCAAAGCCAGGAGCCCAGCACUCAGUCUGAGUCUCCCACGUGGGCGGCAGGGACCCAAGCACGUGACCGGCAUUGCAGGAGGUGGCUUCACCCGCUAUGCCAGAACGCCGGCCCCAAGCUCCCCUUUCUGAGUCACCACCCAUCCCUGGCGCCACCAGAAGCCAAGGCCGCACCCCAUUCUGCCUCACGAUGCAGCCAUUUAGUGCUCCAAACUCCAAGGUCCCUGACCCUUUCUUAGACAUCAUGUGAGGCACGUAGGGCUGUGCUGCAGACAAAGCAACCCUGCAGUAGGGAGGCAGAGCAGAGGGCUGUUUCUCUCCUAGGUGGCACAGCCACACCCCACCAGUCUUUCCAGGGCCCCAGUUCCUGGGGGCAGCUGGGAAGGAGGGUGGAGGAGACCUGCCCGGGGUCUCCAGCCCUGACUCGGACUGUCCAUUUGCAAGAGCCGUGCAGGGCCAUGUUACUGCCCAGGAGGCCCAGAUGUCUUCUGUCCUAUGGAAGAAGGGGCCCAGGUUUUGGGUGACUGCGGCUGGCCUUUGCCACAAACUCUGAUGCCUUAACCUGGUGUUUGGGGUCCACGUGCAUGUGUCUCCAGCUUUGGGAGUGGAAAGGCUGAGAGAGCACGAUCCAGGACAAGUCCAGCCUCACAUCUUCCUCCUGGUCCAGUACAGCACCGGACACAGGGCCAGCGCACAGGGGUGGAGGCACAAGCAGGGUCCCUCACUCAGCUGGCAAAUAUCUGGUCACAUUUACCACGUGCCAAGCUCUGUUCUGGGCCAUGGAGACCCAAAGACACACUCAGCUGCUCUGCCCUGACACAUUCUUUUUCUUCUUUGGGUUCAUGGAGGAGGAAAUUACCUUAAUGCCUCAGGGCCUUUGCAUGUGCCAUUCCUGCUUCCUGGAAUCCCCUCCCCACAGCUCUCCUCUUUGCUUGCCUGGCCAGAACCCACUUUGUGUCUCUUCCUAGGAAGAGACAUGGACAGGGUAGACUGUUCCCUUCACCCGUGCAAAUACUCCUCCUUUGUAAAUGUUAGCACAGCUGCAUGAAGUAAUGUUUUCCCUGCAUCCGAUCUAAUUUCAGGUCAGUUGCCACUGUUGAGUUUCUAAGCUCCAUGAUGACAGGUGCAUUUCUGGUUGCUCAGAGCCCUAGCAGAAUGCCUGGGUGCAAGAGACACGGUGUCUUGUGCUUGUUAAAGUUCCAAGCAGCGCUGUCACCAGCUCACAGCUGAGAAGGCUGAGGCUCGGAGGCGCUGGGUCCCUGGCCUUGGCCCACACAGGGCCUGAGCCUGGGCACUGGGGCCUCUGCCUGCCUGCCUCCGGUGAGCGCCUUUGCCUUCACAGCUUUGCACAAUUAGAGCAGCACACGGUGCAUGCUCUCACGAGGUAUUAAUAGGGUAUGUUUAAGGGGUGGUGGGAGGGCAGAGGAGGGUGUGACUGACUCAGGCUGGGGGAGCGAUGGCUGCCUGGAGGAGGCGGCGACCUUGAAGGCUCAGAAACCGUGGGCAAGUUGGAACAGCUACAGGGAAUGCGUGGGAGUGUGAGAAAUGAGACCAGAGGCAGCGCUGGCUGGGACACCCCCGCUCUGGGGUGCCAGGGGGUUUGGACUUAGCUGGGCUGAUGGGAGAGAACUCCCAGGCACUUGCGAGCUGAGGAGUGAGGCGAAGCAGAAGGUUCUGUCAAGAUCCUUGCCUGAGGUCCGGGCUGCAAACUGGCACUUGCUGGCAGGCAGGCAGGCAGGCUUGGCCGGGCUCACUCAGGAUCUUAAAAUGGAAUUUGUGGCCAAGUGUAUUAGCAUGGAUUUAAGGCCAGUUGCUGAGCCAAACACCCAACAUCACAGAGGCUUACACGACACAGGAGCAUGGAUUUUCUCUCUCGCAUGAUCUAAAGGAACCAGGCACCUCGGCCCAAAGGCAUCUCCCUUGCCUACAUGGUCUCAGGUGGCCAAAGUCAUGGGCGGUCCCCCAAAGAGAAGGGCUGAGUGUGCCCAGAGAACAGUCUUUCUCCCAGCCGAACUUGCAAAUUCAGGAGGUUCUGCCUUCUCUGGGACAGGAGGAAGAACCCAGCAGUACUGGUCGCAUGUGGCCACAGUGGACUCCAGCCCCGCAGGGUGGGCCGCUGUUCUCCAAUUUCCCGCAGUCUCCGCCACUACCUUUUGUGUCCCUGACCCUGUGUGGCGGUUGGCAUCAGUCAUCUACACCAGCCCCUCGUGAGUUCACGGCCACGUCCUGAACAAAGGAUGUCCUGGAGGCCACGGAGCUGGGACCCGUUUAGGCAGAGUGGCUGGCACGAGGCAGUACUGGCUCAGGGCAGUCUCAGCCCAGGCUUGGGAUGGAAGUGUCACUUCCUUCCUCCACCCUGGCACGUGCAGUCACCUGCAGAAUCCUGGGACUGCAAGGAAACCUUCUUGGAAAUAGGGGUGGGAUUUUUGUGCACCUGCUUUCCUGGGGCAUCCCCAGAGGGGAGGGAGUGUGCCCAGCCUGUCCUCUGUGGGGCUCUCAGACCCCUGAUGCCAUCCAGAAGGGGCUGAUGCAGGCAUGAGGGAGCCAUGCUCCUGCCCAGCUGCAGGUGCGUUUUGUGUUUCAGCCCCGUGGGAGCUGUGGCAUGGGUUCUCCCCAUCCCUGCUGGGACCAGUCAUUGAAGAAUGGUUUCCUGCACAGGGGCACUGGCCGCUGUGGUCAUUUCCAUUAUUCUGACCCCAGGGUGAGGUGGGACAGGGGUGUCUGGUGUCUGUGUUCUGGGCAGGUGUCUGUGAGUCCCCUGGAGCAUGGGCAAGCUUGCUUCCUCACGGGCGCAGAAGCCCCGUGGGCAGGAAAUGGCAUUGGGAUGGUAGACCCUCAAGGCUGUGGUGGUACAAAACUUCCCCAUAGCACUCUGAUUUUGUUUGCUCCACCUGAGCCCCAGCUACCAUCAUGGGUUCUGUGCCUCUGGGAGCCACAUACCUGUGGCCUCAUUCCCUGUUGACUACUGGCUCUCUGGAGUCCCAGCCCUCCUUGCCAAUCCCAGGUUUCCCAGAGGCCUCCUUUGCAUGUGGGGUCUGGGUUGCUUAUGGGUGACUCCCCUCCUGACGGGGGAGUGAGCAUCAGAAUACGAUGCUGCCCCCUUUUGGGUUUCCAUAGUGACAGGGCCUCUCAGAGAGCAUCUGAGGAUUCUGCUGACUGCACUGGAGGUCCGUGGGAGGUCCCGCUGCACAGCGCCGGCUCCACUAUGCAUCUGUCACCUGGCUGGCCCCACUCCUCCCGCCUGGGCUUCCCAAGGAGUUCCUGCCUCACUCACGCAAAGCCCCCUCUCACUCCCCAAGCCUUCCCUGUGGCAGUGGACAUGCAGCCCCAUAGGCACAGGUGUGUGUGUGUGUGUGCAGUGUGUAUACGUGCACAGGUAUGUGUGUACACAUGCACAGGUUGGUGUAUGUUCAGUGCAGGUGUGGGUAUGUGUGUAUACAAAUGUGCAUACGUGCAAAGGUGUGUGUACACAGGUGUGUGCAGUGUGUAUAUGUGUACAGGUGUGUGUAUAUGUGCACAUGUGCACAGGUGUGUAUAUGUGUGGUGUGGGCAUGCAGUGUGUAUACGAGCACAGGUGUGUACAUGUGCACACGUGUGUUUGUGUAUAGGUGCGUGCAGUGUGUGUAUGUGCACAGGUGUGUGUAUGUGUGCACAGGUGUGUAUAUGUGCAGUGUGGGCAUGCAGUGUGUAUACGAGCACAGAUGUGUACAUGUACACACGUGUGUUUGUGUAUAGGUGCGUGCAGUGUGUGUAUGUGCACAAGUGUGUGUACGUGUGCACAGGUAUGUAUAUGUGCAGUGUGGGCAUGCAGUGUGUAUAUGAGCACAGGUGUGUACAUGUGCACACGUGUGUUUGUGUAUAGGUGCGUGCAGUGUGUGUAUGUGCACAGGUGUGUAUACGUGCGGUGUGGGCAUGCAGUGUGUAUACGAGCACAGGUGUGUACAUGUGCACACGUGUGUUUGUGUAUAGGUGCGUGCAGUGUGUGUAUGUGCACAGGUGUGUGUACAUGUGCACAGGUGUGUAUAUGUGCGGUGUGGGCAUGCAGUGUGUAUACGAGCACAGGUGUGUACAUGUGCACACGUGUGUUUGUGUAUAGGUGCGUGCAGUGUGUGUAUGUGCACAGGUGUGUGUAUGUGUGCACAGGUGUGUAUAUGUGCAGUGUGGGCAUGCAUAGUGUGUAUACGAGCACAGGUGUGUACAUGUGCACAGGGGUGUGUGACAUGUGCAGGUGUGUGUGUAUGUGUGUGCCCGCACACACACUGGGAUACUCUGGUGCAGGCACAUCAUUGAACACUUUCUCAACAGAGUCAUUUCUGUCCCUGGGAGGAAUCCUGGGGCCAGCAGCCAGGACAAGACAGUCGCUUCACUCAGUCACCCUGCGUAGCGGGCUGAGAAGUCGGCCACUGUGCCCAUUUUACAGAUGAAGAAACUGAGGCUGAGAGCAGUGCAGCAACUCCCCCAGGGUCCCCCGCUGGGGAGGUGUGCCCUGAGCCUCGGGGGCAGCCCUGCCGACUUCACAGCCAGGCCCCUUCCUGCUGCAGCUCUGCCUCCUCAGAGAUCCUUUGCUGGGGCUCGGCCUUGAGUUUGCUUCUGUGGUGAGCCUGGCUGGGAUGGCAGAGGCUGGGGGCAACAGCAAAGCCCUGGUUUACAACAGCAAUCAGAUAGGAGGGACUUCACACAGGUGGUGGAAACAGAAUUCAAAUAGGAGCUUGAGUGCAAAAAACAAUUUGGAAAUCCAUGCAUUGUUUUCCAGAAAACACAUUUUCUGUGAAAUUGUGAAGACCUCUGUGUGCAUGAGUUCCAAGCUGUUUUUUAUUUUAUUUAUUUGGUAGGAAGAUGACAGGGUGGGGGGUAUGAAGAGAGAGAUCCUUCAUUUGCUGGUUCACUCCCCAGGGCUGUGUCAAGCCGAAGCCAGGAGCCAGGCGCUCCAUCCGGGUCUCCCAUGUUGGAAGCAGAAGCUCAAGUACUUGAGCCAUCAGCUGCUGCCUCUCCCUUAGCAGGGAGCUGGACCAGAAGCGGAGUAGCCAGGACACACACUGGCAGUUGGCAUGUGGACAUCUCAAGUAGCUGUCUAACCUGCUGAGCCACAAACCUGCCCUUCUGGUGGUCUAAUGGGGACACAGGUGAUGAACACACACACAUAGACGCAUCUGUUCCCACUGAAGGACCCUUAUGGGGGAGAGGGACAAGAAACUAGGCCUGGGCAAAUAUCAGGGGCUUCUUAAGAGGUUAGAUGUUCCCCAGAGUCUAGCGGGCAGGAUGUUCUCUGGGAAGGAAAAGUCAAUCCCCUUCAGAGAACCUCUAGGCAUGCCCAGAGCAGAGCUGCCCCUCCCCUCCGGGAAACCUCUGGGCGCGCCCAGAGCAGAGCUGCCCCUCCCUUCGGAGAGUCUCUAGGCGCACACUUAUGAUGUCACUGCGACCGGCCAAUCCUGUAACACCUCAGCACUCUCCCUCAGCACUCUCCCUCAGCACUCUCCCUCAGCAUUCUCCGGUAUGCUAAUUGUCCCUCUGAACCAGCCAAUCCCGUGCCACCUCUGCAUUUUAUACCAGCACUCUCCACCAGCAUUCUUUACCAGCAUUCUCCCAUAUGCUAAUUCGUUGCCUAUAUAACCUGUGAGUAACUGCCGCUCAGGGCUCCUCACCGCCUGAGGUGGGGGCCCGUUUGCGCAAACGUUCAAUAAAAACCUCGUGCUUUUUGCAUCAACUGGUCUGGAGUCUGGAUUUUUGGGCGUCCUCUCGAGCAAGUGGGCAUCUCUACAACUGAGAGGUCCAACAUUUUGGCGCCCAACGUGGGGCUCGAGGUCGCCCUCAGACCCAUUCUCUGCGGACCAGUUGGAGGUACGAUUAAGUGUUUUCUGUUUGUUGUUCUUCGUCUUGAGUGUUCUGACUGGCCAGUACCUGACUCUGUGAGACCAGUGGGGGAGGCAGGCGUGCCCAGCAACCCCUGGUCCGUUCCCCGGAGGACGCUCCGGUCUGUGAGACCAGUAGGGGAAACCCUCGGUCUGUUCCCCCGGAAGACGCUCCCGGGGUGGUCUGGAGGUGGGUCGGAGACCAAGUCUCCCUCCUUCCCGGGGAGGGCUGGUCAGGCAGCCGCUCCCAAAAAUAGCGCAAUAGCGUUCGAUUUGUCCUAGCCAUGUGGUUUGUCUUGUUUACUGUAUGUGUCUGUGUAUUUGCUGUUCUUUUUUUUGGGCUGAAAUCUUUGCACCCAUGGGUCAACAAAUAACCACCCCUUUAAGUCUCACUCUAGAUCACUGGAAGGACGUUCGAGAACGCGCGCACCACCUCUCAGUGGAGGUUAAAAGGAAACGAUGGGCAAAAUUCUGUUCCUCAGAAUGGCCGGCCUUCGAGGUCGGCUGGCCAAGGAACAGCACUUUUAACCUUGAUAUUAUUUUACAGAUUAAGGCGCGAGUCUUUCAGCCAGGAUCCAAUGGACACCCUGAUCAGGUGCCCUACAUUACCACGUGGGAGGAUCUUUCACGUAAUCCCCCCUCCCUGGAUAGAACCCUUCUCCUUCCCGACGGAGCCCAUACGGACCCCGAUACCCCCUCCUCCUAUCCCGGUUGUGCCAACCUCUUCCCUAUACCCUCUGAAGGAGAUUCGAGAUCCAAAACCUGACAAGCCACCGGUUCUUCCGGCUGAUCAGGACUUUCUGCUCUUUGACUCUCCCCCACCCUAUCUUCCCGGCCAGCCUGCUCCCCCGCAGGAACCCCCACAACAACCAGAGCGGGAUGUGCAACCUUCUGCACCAUCCCCUGAUUCCACAAGGGCAGGGGAAGAAGUCUCAGCGCCUUCCCCGCCCUCCAGCCGCCUGCGCCUCCGUCGGGGGCAGGCAGGGGGCUCGGGAAGCGUCUGGACUUCGCAGGCUUUUCCUCUUCGCUCGGUGAAAACCCAUAACCCCUCUUUCUCUCAAGACCCCCAGGCUCUGACUGGGCUUUAUUGACUCAUCAGCCCACCUGGGAUGAUUGUCAGCAGCUUCUGCCGACCCUCCUCACUACUGAGGAAAAGCAGCGUGUCUACCUUGAGGCACGGAAAAACGUCCCUGGAGCAGAUGGCCGACCGACCCUACUGCCAAACGAAAUCGAGGAGGCGUUUCCUUUAACCCGUCCUGAUUGGGACUACACCACCGUUGCUGGUAGGGAGCGACUUCGUCUUUACCGCCAGAUUCUCCUUGCGGGUCUCAGAGGGGCUGGAAAGCGCCCCACCAAUUUGGCCAAGGUACGUGCAGUAGUGCAGGGGGCUGAGGAAGCGCCGGCAGGCUUCCUAGAAAUUGGAAAUUGCACUGUGCCUAUAGACCCCAAAGUUCAGGAAAGAGACCUUGACCAAAUUAGCGUUGGAGACUGGCGUUAAAGACUGGGUCCAACUCCUCCCUAUGGUGUUGUUCCGGGUCCAAAACACGCCCUCUCAUUGCGGGCUGACGCCAUACGAAAUCCUUUAUGGAGGGCCCCCACCAGUAGCAGGCUUGCUUGACCUUGCCAGUGACUCUGUUGCAGAUGCCCCUAAAUUACAGGCCCGAUUGAGAGCGCUCCAGAUCAUCCAGAACCAGGUCUGGAAACCUCUUGCAGCAGCCUACCAACCCGAGACGACAACCAUCCCACAUCCUUUCCAAAUCGGUGAUGCUGUGUAUGUCCGAAGGCCCCAAUCUAAGACUCUAGAGCCCCGGUGGAAAGGCCCCUUCACUGUGCUGUUGACAACUCCCACCGCUCUCAAGGUCGACGGAAUCGCUGCUUGGGUCCACGCCUCACACGUGAAGCGAGCACCACCUCCCCAGGGCCCCGAGGAUCCGGAUAGACUAGCCAAAUGGAAGCUCCAGCGCACUCAGAACCCACUCAAGCUAAGAAUAUUUGUGAUGUUCCUGGCCUUUCCCCAUUGUUUUUCCAAUUCCCAUGCUCCACAAUUGUUAACGUGGGAAGUAAUUUCCUCCACAGGACGGGUGGCCUGGUCUGUUAGUGGGUUACAUACCCCCGGGGCAUGGUGGCGCACCUUAUACCCGGACGUAUGUCAACUGGUUACUGGGUUAGAUACCUGGGAUGUACCUGACCAGGAUAAUUUGACAAAAAUCCCUGGAAAUAGUCUUAACUAUUGGGGCGUGUAUGGCUCCCAGUCCCCAGUCAGUGGGACCCAACCCAGUCCAGCAAGAACAGAGUUCCCUCCCUCCAGUGAGGCAGGCUCUCCCCAGGCCAAACCCUCCCACCAGCCACCCUUUCGCCUAGCUUGGCAAGUUUAACUCCUAACGCCUCAAGCCCCCGUACAACCGGAUAGCGGCUGUUUAACCUUUUGACAGGGGCCUUUCUGGCCCUCAACCAGACCAAUCCGGAGCUGACCGAGUCCUGCUAGCUAUGCCUAGCCCCAGGUCCACCUUAUUACGAGGGCCUCGCGGUCCCCAGGACCUGGAAUGGCACUACAGAGGCAAAUAAUUGCCUCUUGCCCCUUCGGCCGCGUCUCACUCUUACAGAGGUGUCGGGACAAGGUACUUGUGUAGGAAAUCCUCCCUUGUCCCACCGACACUUGUGCAAUGUCACCCACAAUGUUACUAUACGAGACGGCCCAUGUGUUCUUAACAGGUUGCUCCAGUUUAUCCGCGAGAGGCUUUUCCUUGUCCAAACCCUGGUGCUGACCCAACAGUACCAGUGUCAAGCUUCAAAGACCUCCGAGGUCCAAUAGAUUUUAGGAUUAAAAUCUUUGCAAAAAGAAAAGGAGGGAAUGAAGGACCCUUAUGGGGGAGAGGGACAAGAAACUAGGCCUGGGCAAAUAUCAGGGGCUUCUUAAGAGGUUAGAUGUUCCCCAGAGUCUAGCGGGCAGGAUGUUCUCUGGGAAGGAAAAGUCAAUCCCCUUCAGAGAACCUCUAGGCAUGCCCAGAGCAGAGCUGCCCCUCCCCUCCGGGAAACCUCUGGGCGCGCCCAGAGCAGAGCUGCCCCUCCCUUCGGAGAGUCUCUAGGCGCACACUUAUGAUGUCACUGCGACCGGCCAAUCCUGUAACACCUCAGCACUCUCCCUCAGCACUCUCCCUCAGCACUCUCCCUCAGCAUUCUCCGGUAUGCUAAUUGUCCCUCUGAACCAGCCAAUCCCGUGCCACCUCUGCAUUUUAUACCAGCACUCUCCACCAGCAUUCUUUACCAGCAUUCUCCCAUAUGCUAAUUCGUUGCCUAUAUAACCUGUGAGUAACUGCCGCUCAGGGCUCCUCACCGCCUGAGGUGGGGGCCCAUUUGCGCAAACGUUCAAUAAAAACCUCGUGCUUUUUGCAUCAACUGGUCUGGAGUCUGGAU